AUGCCUUCCAUCAUACCGCCUAUUAUCUUUGGAGCUACUUGCUUUUUGAGCCUUGCUAUUAUAUUCUACAUCGGCCCACUCAAGAUGGCAUCUCGCCUGAUAUCUAACCAGACCGCUCAGCCUGUCCGCGAAUUAUCCUAUCCCCCGGAGAACGCAAACUGGAUUGACCACCUUUUCUUCGUCUUGAGCAACCACGGCGUCGAUGCAAUGGUCGCUAUUGGUGAUGAGAUCCUCUAUGUCAUUUUCGUUCAUCAUCUGAUUAAUCUUGCAUUCUGGUUGGUUCGGCGUGAGAUUCAAAGGUAUAACGAUCGUUGCGACAUAGAGCCCACUGGCAGGCUUGAAGCUAUCGAGUCGAUUCGUUUCGACGAUACGAGCAAAACGAGGCGGAAUGGAUGGCAUGUGGGAUUUGGGAUACUGCAUAUGAGGAAUAGACAGCGCGAUGCAGGGUUUGGAUUUGGGAAGGAUAUCGGGUAUCUUUACUUGUGCUUCGGAGUUGGAUAA